CGUGGUUUCGAUGUCCCGCGGUCGGGUGCGAUGGGUGGCGAGGCGGAGCGUCCUACACAGGGCGUGGGCGAGGGAGAGGAUACCGAGCGUUAUGCGAAGGGAGGUAUUGCGAGAUAUGGGGAGGGUGCGGGUGCCGCGGAGGAGGACGAGGCAGACUUUGACCUAGAGGUUGGCGUGGCUGAGGGGGAGCGGACACCGAGGGGAGAGGGGGGCGUGCCGAAGUCCGAUCCGAUGGCUCAUCAGAGGGCAGUGGACUGGGAGCGGAAGUGCGGGAAGAAGGCCGUCCCGCCUGAGACGACAUGCACGCCGAGUUCUUCGAAGAGUGUUGUUCUUGAUAGAGCAAGCACGCCGGCUUCUUCGAAGAGGAAGGAGGGGGGUGCACAACUUUCUGGCACCAGUGCAGGGAAGAGGUUGCGGCAACAGAAAAUGACGGACACAUAUGGUGGCGAGUGGAUUGGUGAGUGGAGGAAGGCAUUCUUUCGCUGGGUGUAUCCCAGCGGGAUUGCCUUCAAUGCCUUCCGCAACACGGCGUACCGAGACCUCCAGCAGGUUGCUCUUCGGCAACCUGGUGGAGCGCCUCUUCCCGUGCUUCCAUCCCACAGCGAGAUUGCAGACAUGCGAACUGUGGAGAUCCACCGCGAGCAGUUGGCUGAGGAGUUGGAGGAGGUUAGGCAGCCAUUAUGGGUGAGUGGCGCCACCCUUCUCUCUGACGGGAGGAAGUCACGAGAUGGGCGACCGAUCGUGAACUUCCUCGCAGCUGGGUCUCGAGGGGUCGUCAUGUACACGACGAUCAACCGAGAGGGGGAGCCGGACGAUGCGGUGCACGUCUGCAGAGAUGGGUCGCCAUCUUUCAUGAUUUCAGAUUCGGUGGCCCACAGCGGGAUUGGACGUGGAGCCUGUGCGCUCGGGGACGAGGAGUGGGAUGACGGAGGAGGAGAUCGAGGAGCAGGCUGCCCUCAUUGCGCGCGAUCCAGUGGGUCUUCUGCGCCGCCCCCUGUUGAGUCUGUUUUCGGUGCUCGUGCGACUAUCUUCCGCCCAUACCCCAGGGACGAUGACUCUGCGGGCGAGAGAAACUCGGAAGCAGCGGACGACCCGAUGCUUCCCAUCCCGCGUGAGAUUGAUGAGUUGCACGAGGGGGGCGACGUGCGUGACGAGAGGACGCACACCGCGCGGAGGGCAGAAGACCAGCGAGACAUGGAUAUGAUGGGGGGCGAGGAGUUUUGGGGAUCUUUCGGGGGCACGGAGGAGAGAUCACCCACUGCCGCGAGGGAGGAUACGCGUCCUCGCACGACCUUGCGGCAGGAGACGCUUGCUCCCAUGACUGCGAGUGAGGAGCCGGGUCCUGCCACGACAGCGAGGGAGCGGACGACUGUUUCGUCGACCGCGGAGGAGCAGACGCCUGCUCCCACAACCACACGAGAGCAGAUGAGUAUUCCCGCUACGCAGUCCAGACCCUCGUCCCCGUCGCCUUUUUCACGUCAUUCUAUCCCAGGAUUCCCAGCAUCUGCUCCGCCCGCUCCCGUUCGGCAUGACGAGCGCUCACUUGCACCGGUUGGGAGGGAGGACUUGGGAUCCUCGUUGCGCAUCCGCGGGCAUGGAUCAUUGUUUAGCGUAGCCCGUCAGCUCCUUUUGGACCCGCGUGCGUCGAGCGACUUGGGGGAGAUGGGUGUUCAUAGCGCGGCACCACCGGUGGAGGAGAGGGAGAGACGAGCGGAGGAGCACGGAGCCGCCGGAGUGGGAGGAGUUGAGGGUAUUCGGGGUAUGGAGGAGGAGGUAGCUGGAGUAGUGGGGGGCGUGGUGGAGGUAGAUGAUGGUGCGCACGUCGAGAGAGAGGAGGCCAUGGCGAGGGUUGAUGAUGGUGACGAGGAGGGAGAGGAGGCCAUGGCAAGGGACGAUGAGGGAGAGGAGGCUGUGGCAGGGGUAGAGGAGAGUGUGGCAGGGAUAGAUGAUGGUGAUGCCCAGGUUGAGAUGGAGGAGGAUGUGGUGAGGGCAGAUGCUGCUGCGUUGGUUGGGGGAGAGGAGGGUGUGGUAGGGGGGGACGUCGCCCAUGGUAGAGGAGAGGGAGGCGGUGACCUUGACCCGAUCAUCCAGCGUUUCGUCGAUGACGAGAUGGGUCCCGCACUAGCGGGUUUGACCCCGGCCACGAGGAGGGCACUGGGGGCGUCGCCAUCAGGACAGAGGGGGGCGUCAGGGCUGGGGAUGGGGGAUUUCAUGGACUUGUCUUUGGGGGAUCCGCCCACCCCUGGUCACGCAGAGAGAGAGGAUGUGGCGCGUGCCCUAGCGGCCGCUGGGUACACCACAAAGGAGAUCGAGCAGGCAUUUGCAGGACGCUCCGGGAGAGAGACAGACACGCUUCAGCAGGGGUGUGAGGAGGUAGUAGAGCAACCUCAGGAGGAGCGUGAGGAUGCACCCCCUGCGGAUAUCCCCGGAGGUAGCAGUUCGUUGGUACCGUUCACGGGCUUGCAGAUGACGACGACGAUGCGGCCAGUUCGACCGUGUGUGCAGGGGUCAGGUCCUGGGGAGGAGGCAUUUGUUCAGGUACCACCGGUCAUAGUCAUGGAUUUAGGAUCUGAGGCAGUUCUUCAUACACCGGUUACUGGGCGGCGAGCUCCUCAUGAUACAGCUCGCCCAUUGGAUUUCACGGAGCUCGCACGGGCUGCUGUGCGUGACGUGACGCGGCGGGAGGACACCGACCCUAGCAGACCACUUAUGUCGCCUCCUCCUCCGAGAUCACGUCACAGCGAUUCCCCCUCGACACCAGUCGGUCGGCCCCCCCGUUCACCAUCGACGCCCACCAGACCCAGGGUUCGUGACACGACGGCUGUAGGGAGCCUCCCUCUUGACACGUCGCUAUUCGGGAGGACGGAUAUCGACCUGGACUCCAUACGUGGGGUCACAGUGCACACUGCACGACAGCAGCCAGGUUUGGGUGGGGCUGACACCGGGAGGGGUGCGCCGAGGGAGGUCAUGGCGGCAGUAUCUCAGCCGCGAGAUGCUCGCGGGGUUGGACAGGCCGGGUGUACCUUGCAGGCUGCUUUGGCAGCCGAAUCUUCUAGAGCCGAGGGGUUGGAGAUGCCGCGCGGUUCUCGUCGUGAGAAGACAGUCGCAGAGGUGACUCAGGUGAGUGCUAGGCUUGUUCGGGUGAGGACGGGGGCUGCCCAUGUGACCGUGGUGGAGGACAAUCCCGAGACGGAGCCUGCACGUGAGGAGGCCCCAAAGGAGGGUGACGAGUACAGGGACGACAAGGAGCGUGAGGAGGAGGAGAGCGACAACGGGGAUGAUGACAGCUACCACGACGACGACGACGAGCCCUCCCCUCCACCGCGGCAUGGUUYUCGUAGACGACGUGGCUCUCGUAGAGGACAUGAUGACGUAGACGACCCGUCCCCUCCAGGGCGGCGGGAGACGAGGAGUCGGAGGAGGCGAGGGUCAUCCGUUGCGACAACGCCGGGGCGAGGGAGUGUUUCGUCGACACGCAGCACGAGUGGGGCGAGGCAGAGAGGCAGUGGUAAGGGGAAGGGAAGUCGACGGUAUUGACAGCUUCGUUCCCCUUCCAGUGCUUCCACGAC